UUCAUAAUAGAAGGUAGAAUAUUUAGGAGCGUCUAUCAAUUUUUAACAAAGAAAUAUGACAGAAGAAGUAUUUGAUCAAAUUAUUACAAAAGAACAAUGUUUGAAAUUAGUUGAGAAAACAAUUAAAACAAAUCAGUUUAAAUUGUUGAAUUAUUCCUUGAAACCGUUGGGUGGUGUGAAAAAGGGAUUUUUGGCAACGCAUUUAAAAGGAACAUUCGACAUAAAAUGCAGGGAAAAGACACAAACGUUAAAUUUUUUCAUGAAAUUAAAAUUGGAUGAAAAUGAUGCUGUUGGGAAAUUAAGUAAUGAUGAAAAUGAUGUGUACAUACGUGAAUCGACAUUUUUAAAAUUGGCGACAAAUGAUUUUCAAGUGACGUGGGCACCAAAAUUCUAUGAUUAUAUUGAUAAUAAACUGAUUGUGUUAGAAGAUUUAUCAGAGCGUGGAUUUAAAGUUGCUGAUUUGGAAGAGUAUGAUUUAAAUCAUUGUUAUGUGGGGUUAAAAGCAUUAGCCAGUUUUCAUGCAUUUAGUUUUAAAUUUUUACAUGAUAAACGUUUGGAAAACAAUGAGUAUUCAAUUUUAAAGGAAUAUCCGUACUUUUUCAUGGAAAAUUUAUUUUCAAAUGAGACGGAAUUGGGUCGGAAAUUUGUAAAAGCAACAAAAGGUGGAAUGAAUUGUAUAAUUGAACAAAUGCAACUAAAAAAUUUUGAGCAAGUACAAAUGAAAUUAAAUGAAAUAUUUGAUCGUAUGCCAGAUGAAAUAAAACCAAAGGAAAAUAAAUACCAUGUGAUUUCGCAUGGUGAUUUGUGGGCUAAUAAUAUUAUGUUUUCACAUGAAAAUAAUGUUCCAAAACAAUGUUGUAUGGUUGAUUAUCAAAUACUACGUUAUCUUCCACCUACUGUUGAUCUACAAUUUUUUUUAAGUGUAAACUCUCCCCCAAGUUUACGGGCAAAACAUUUUCGUGAAUUAUUAGAAUAUUAUUAUCAACAAUUAUCACAAGAGUUAAAUGUGUUUGGUUUGGAUUCGAAUGAAAUUUAUCCAAAAGAAAUAUUUGAGCAAAGUUGUAUCGAUACAGUUGUGCUGUCCGUGAUGUUUGCAACCUGGUAUAAACCUCUUUUACUAUUGCCUCGGCAUAAAAUGAUUACUUAUCUUUCUGAUCCUGCCUACAGUGAGGAAGUUAUGUAUGGUGAUCGUGCGAAAUAUAUUAAAGAAGAAUUGGAAAUCAAUCACGUUUACAAAGAAAAAAUAUUUAAAGAAUUUCAGGUGUUAAUUGAUAUAACUGCAUAAUGCAUUUAAUGCAUGCCUUGAAGUAUUGAUUAGGAUUAAAAAUGGUUUUG